UUUGUGUUGCCUUUCUUUAGCGGUGUUCAGCUGUGCGUGAAGGCAUUGUUUGUUUCAUGUGUGUGUGGUGUGGUGAAAGAUGUGAUUUUUUGCCCCAUAUCCUAGUUGUUCUAGGCCAUUCUAGUGUAUCAAAUGGUCGAUGGUUGCGAAGUAGUGCCACCGCGUAUCAACCUACGUUUCGCAGUCCGCAUUCCUGUGUCUGUGAGGGCCGCAAACAAAACCGACACGGCGCACACACCAGCACAACAUCACCAGGGCCGCGGGCGGCUCACGAUGGUGACGGGGUUUCGUCGCGCGCUUUAAAAAAUACACUAUCAUUCCGCCGAGUCGCAUAGACACCCCGCGAGCGAGAGUUUGCGUGUGCUUAGGACGGAGGCUGCCUUCGGCGGAACCAGUUCUUCGAGCUCCCCGAGACCCAACCGCUCGGCGACGUGUGUUUCUUCGAUUCCCAACUCGGCGCAGUAAGCUAUCUUUCAGUGACAACAACGAGUGUUGCCUGAAAAUCAGGUGUUUUGUGGCCAAGGAGCCGCUGAUGAUCAGAGUCGAACAAACAAAAACCCACCGCAGGAAACAUCUUUCAAGUGCCACGAAGAUCGGAAUCGCUAGUGCGCCGUUUGCGCCGUUUGUGCCGCUUGUGCAAGUUGUCCCGUUGGCCAGUGUUCGCGAGGUGAAAGGAAUCGAUUUCUGGUGAGGCGUUUUUCUGCCCGACAUGAUGAAUGUAAACAGUGUGUUCAGCUGUAAAAUUAGUGGCUGGUUGCGAAGGUCAGCGGUGUUUCGUUCGUGACCGCAACAAACGCCGGAAUAAGCAGCGCCAAGGCACACGGUGUGCAGGUUUCUGCAUUCAUCGCCAGCUUGAAAAGAAAACCGAAUUGUGCGUUCGAAAAGGAGUGAAAAUUGGUGCCGUACUUUGUUGUGUUAUUGAGUGGAAAAGAUUGAGAAAAGCCGUCACCCCAUCAAACAGUAAAUAUUUUGUUUUAUCAUCAAGUCCAAACUGCGCCAGUGUGUGCGACGGCGGCUGAUAAUCGCAAACACCCCCCGACGACCCCGCGGUUUCGUCGUGUAGGCCACACGGAUAAGGCACACACCAGUCACCUCGAGCGCACGCAGAAGCUACCGAAAAAAGAACCCCGAAGCCAAUCAUCAUCAGCCGCUGCACUCCGGGACACGAGUAAAUGUCGGGUGAGAAGGACAUUAUACGCCAACCCGAAUACUGACUCCAGGCUGACGUUAAGAAUCAUUCACGAGCGAAUACCCCCCCUCAAGACUUCGACCAGCCAAACGAGGAAGCGGACAGUGUGUGUGUGUGCGUGUGUGUGCAGAGGGCCGUCAUAUUGUGGCCAACCGCAUUCGUCGGAAAUGAACGAAUCCGCAAAAGGUAUCGGUCCUCCUGCUACUGUCGUUGGCGGACAGGGUCCGGUUGCCGGCACGGCCUUAGUGUCCGCCGGAGGGGGCAAGAAUGGAGCUAGCCCGGUGCUGACCGACGAGAGGGGGGCCGCCACCGGGUCGAUUGUUGCCACGAGAGUCGCUGAUCGGCGGACGACCAGCUUGUCGAUCGGAAGCUACGAUUCGGAUGGAGAUGAGCUGGGAUCCGCUUCCGGCGAUAGGAGAGACUCAAGCACGGACCUGAACGAUAGUAGCUCCUCCAGAAAUGGGCGCGAGGCACGCAACCGAGCGGAAAAGAAUCGGCGCGACAAGCUUAAUGGAUCGAUACAGGAACUGUCCGCGAUGGUGCCGCAUGUGGCCGAGUCUCCGAGGCGUGUGGACAAAACUGCCGUACUGCGCUUCUCGGCCCACGGUCUGCGGGUGGACUAUGUGUUUGGCAAGUCGAAACCGGAAGAAACGUUCAAACCCGAAGCCCAGGACUCGCUGUUCCGCAUGCUGAACGGGUUUCUGCUGACCGUAACUUGCCGAGGCCAGAUCGUGCUGGUGUCCCCUUCCGUGGAGCAGUUUUUGGGACACUGUCAGACUGAUCUGUACGGGCAGAACCUGUUCAAUCUAACUCACCCGGACGAUCACGCGCUGCUGAAGCAACAGCUGGUACCAACGAAUCUGGUGAACUUGUUCGAUGGAGCCGCUUCGCCAGGGAGUGGACCGUUGGGGACGAGCGGUAGCAGUAGCGGUGGAUCCUCGCUUGCCAUGCUCAGCCCACCGUUAGAGGGCAAACCCGGCGACGAGCAGGAAACGGGGAGCGACGAAAGGCGCUCCCAGCGCGAGGAGGAGGAGGAAAUUGACAGGAGACUACGGAGCGAUAGCCGGAAGUUUACCAUCAGGAUGGCCCGGGCUGGACCCCGAUCGGAGGCAACGACGUACGAGCUCGUCACGAUCGAUGGCUGCUUCCGGCGCGCCGAUUUGGCUCCACGCGGAACGGCCAAGUCCGGCGGUGGAACGUCCGGUAUGCAAAUGAUACGGCGGGCGCGUGGUCGGGACGAAGCCAUACCGCUACAUAGCAUCAACGGGAACGACAUCGUUCUCAUUGGCCUAGCACGAGUGAUGAAGGUGCCAUCUAUCUGUGAUCGUUUGAUUGAGGCUUGCAAGUAUGAGUACAAAACUCGCCACCUGAUCGACGGGCGUAUCGUGCAGUGCGAUCAGCGGAUAUCGAUAGUGGCCGGCUACCUUACGGACGAAGUGUCCGGCCUGUCCCCGUUCACCUUCAUGCACCGGGAUGACGUCCGAUGGGUGAUAGUAGCGUUGCGACAGAUGUACGAUUAUAACCAGAAUGGCGAAUCCUGCUACAGGCUGAUGUCACGCACCGGGGAUUUUAUCUAUCUGAAAACGCGUGGCUACCUGGAGGUGGAUAGCGAUACCAAAGUGGUGCAGUCGUUCGUCUGCAUUAAUACGCUCGUGUCGGAGGAGGAGGGUCAACGGUUGGUGCGCGAGAUGAAGCGCAAGUUCUCGGUGAUCGUGGACAAGGUGGAGCUACCGGACGAGAGCGGUGAACCGGUGGUCGAAAAUCCGAUGCAAAUUGAGGAAGCGGUCAUGAAUCUGAUCACCAACUUGGACGGCGAAGAGAAACUGCUCUCCACGAUGCCAGCAUCCCCCGCCACCAGCGUAAAGUCGGGCCCGGGUGACGGUAUGUCCGGGUUGGCAAUCGUUGCACCAGAAAAGAGCUCGAUCAAGUCGGCGAUCGUGAAAAGCAUCAACGUCGUGUCGAUCGCGUCGAAAACGAUACGUGAGUCACGCGGUUCGCCCGGCGACUGGUCGCCGCUGAACGGUGACCAGCAGAGCAGUAACGAUAGCAGUAGUACCGGUGGUACAGCAGGCAUGGCCAGUGACGAUCCAAUGUCACCGUCGCAAGUGGCAUCGCCGUCCCCUGGCGGGGGAUCUCGGGCAGGCUUCUUUUCUACAGCACCACCCCAAAGAGCGAUGGUUGUACAGAAGCGCGAGUCUGCAUCACCGCAACCGUCGGGUUCGGGCAGCGUUGAACAGCGUGUGCCACCAUUGCCCAACUCGGAACACUACUUUACACAACCUUUCUCACCCUCGGGUGGUGGAGGAACGUCCGUUUUAUCGCCAGCCUCUUCGCAACACAGUCAACGAAAUGUCAGGAGUCCACACGGUUACGGAGGCAGUGUACCUUCUCCGCCGUCAAAUGCCUUCUCGAGGGCAGGUGACGGUGGUACGACACUCGUAAGCCCGGUAAGCCACAGUGGAGGACCGACACGUACCACGAGCGUUCUAAAGCGCACCUACAGCAACAGCAGCAUAUGCAGUCUAACGGGUUCGGACGGGGAGUACAAUAGCCUGAACAGUGGAAACCCAGGGGGGAAUAAACGAUGUAAGAGUGGUUCUCCCGAUCUGGCCAGUUGCUUCCACGAGCUUAUGAAUCCUGCUUCUGAUCUUACAUCCUUCCUACCAAGCUCUUUCGACGCCGUGGAUCAGUCGCUAACGUUGAUGGAAACAACCACGACUAUUAUUCGCGAACAAGUUAGCAACUUCCCAAACCUUCACGAGUCGCAUAAUCAGUUGGAACGGAUAGCGGAAGAACACCAGGAGCAGCGGCAAAUGCUGCAGUCAAUUCAGGAGGAAUUUCAAAUACAAAUGUCUAACGGCGUAGGAAGCAGGUCGGCGGCGGGCAGACAAGGUCCCGGUGGCGGCAGCGGUAGGAAUGACCACGGAACUAGUAUGGUAACGGUGACAACGCCAUCGACGACGUCAUCGACCACGUCGUAUCUGCUCGCCGGUUCCGUCGAGGAUUCCGAUGCCAUCUUCUGCAGCACUGGACCGCACGGACGGCAGUCGACUGGUUCGUCGAGUACCGUUUCUUCGAUGAUGGCUUCGGUUAUCACUCCCAACAUUGCGCGGUCCCAGGCGCAUGGUUCCACCUUGGAUGGAGGAAGUUAAUAUCAGUACUCGACGGGAUUGCUAUCCAUCUGUAUGCUUCUCUUCGGCGACAGCCGACGAGUUAUGGAUAGCGUACAAGUUCCUGAGCGCAACCGGAACACCGAAACCGAUUUCCCAAACCACCCCUGUCAGCCUGAACCCGAUCGUCCGGAUGUCUCUUCUCAACUCCAGGCCUCCGUCCGCUGAUACGUGCGCACCACGCGCGAAGCUCUUAACUGAUUGUGUAUAUUAAAAGUAAAACAAAACAAAUAACUUCAAUGUCUUUACUCUCGACCGCACGAGGGCUUAAUGGUCGCGCCAUAAUAUAAGAUGUUUGUACGUGUGCGAGUCUGUGUGUAUGUCUGAGUGUGUAUAACAAAUGGUCUAGAAUUCGCAGAUAGAUUUGUACGCCAUGAAACGGAAUGCACUAGAAAAUGUUACGGUGGUAUAUAAGCGUUGUCACUCGUUGGAUGGUCGUGGCAUGGUCGAACGAUGUUGAUAAGUCUUGUUUAAUUUAAUUUGAUUUUUUAUCCCGCUUCCAUUCGCCGCGCAAAACUGAACAACAAAUCGAGCACACACUGAGCCAUUCAACAAAUUAGUGUGUUUAAAGAGUAAUUGUUUUUAAAAUUAACGUACAUAUAUUUACACGAUUAGGAAGUGAUGAUUGAAAGUAUUCUCUUAUUAGCAAAUUUAAUUCUCAAACAUGUUUCUGUCUGUGGCCGCCUCUUAAGGAGGCGCGUUGCUGUUUCAUUGUGUCAUUCAAAUAAUAACUGGAAGCGAGAGAUGUUAAGUCUGUUUGUUCUAUUGUUAUUCCCGGGUUUUGUGUCGUUGUACAUAUGGAAACGCUGUUUGUUAUUUUAGUUUUUACUCUGAGAUUUCACUUGUUCUGUGUGAAUACGAAAAGAAGAAAAAAUAUCAAAAUUCAACAACGAACCGAUUACUCUUUUGUCUGACUGAAGGAAUCUAUGAGCGAAAGAUCGAUGGGGUCCGUGGGCUUGCGUUUUGUUUGUGCUUAACCACAAGGAAGGUUUAUGUUAGUUGUGUAUUUUGCAUCAUAUUUACCCCCUUUUUCCACCUAAUUCCCCCCAUAUGCACACUGAGGUCAUCAUAUUGCUGGCCGUAGUAUAGGUAAAUUGGAGGCUGAGCGACAUGAGAAUUCCUAUGCAGAAUAAUAAAAUUCCGAUGGGUUUCGGUUGAAUCGAUUUUCUCUCUGAAAUGUAUAAAAUUAUGUAUUUUUUAAAUCUUCUCCGGUUUUAGUUGUAGAAGGAAAAUACUAAAAAUUACUUUGUUAGAUAGUCUAAUCCCCGAUAGCACUUGUGAAGUCAGUGGGAACCACCAGAAAUGAUAUAUUGUAACGAAGAUGGUAGGGAAAAACAAAAAGGAACGUAAGGGCUUGAUCCAAAGCAGAAAAUGUUGCGUAGCUUUAGGCAUAGCAUUGAGCAACGAAAUAAAGUUACUGAUCUAAUAAGUUUGUAAUAAUUUACCGCUGUAUGUGUGUGUAGUAAUGCUGAGUGAUAAAUGAGAGGAAGAACUGGAAUAGUGUUGCAGUGGCAAUGUGCAGUUUUAAAAGUUUAAUUGUUGGAAUUUCACAAAUGUAAAAGAAAAAUGGCUAAGGGAAGUGCAACAAGGAGGCGGACGGAUAUCCAUAUAUGACAUUUGUUUUUGUAUUGGAUUUGCUACUACUGUCUACUUCAGAGUUCUGUACAUUGUUUCGAAUUUACCCGAAUACCAACAGACCGUGGUUUACCAUAUUGCUAGCGAUGCAUGUUCGAUUCCGAUUAAUGAGACAGCCCUCGAAAUACCCUCAGCUUAAAUGAGCUUACUUGUUAACUAUCGUUCUUUCCUUCGUUUACCUUACACGAAAGAUCACCUCUUUAUCCUUCCGGGUGUAUGACAAUAUUAUUUGACCAGAACAAACACAAAAUCCCGUUUUAGCGAAUAACCAACUAGGAGAUCAGAUGUUCAUGAAAUUAUGUGUAAUACAAGUUUUUUCCUCCGCGACAUCUUGCCCCAAACACAACGAGACCGUUAUAGAAGAUUGCUGGAUGCCCUUUCCUGAAAGUUCGCGUUGGAACAGUUUUUUUUCUAAUAUGUUAUGGCCGUAGAAAAAAUAAAGGCCGUUGGAUAGAGUUUCUAGCAAUCCGUUGCUGGCCCGUUAGCGCUCGGGAAUAUCCGUGGCGAAGGCGAAAGGUUUCUCUUGCUAAGUCUCUUGAUCGUCAUACACUAAAACCAAAAAUCAAAUUAACAAACACACAAAUAAGAUAUACA